AUGGUUUUGCUAAAGAGUACAAUUCCAGAUAGUUCAAGUUCAAGACCAACUACUCAAAGUUCAAUCCAAUCUUCCAAUGCUAGUCUUUCGAGGUUCAACAAGAGAAGUAAGAAGGAUUUCGUCGCUGUUGAUAGAACACCACCUGUACUAAGACAUUCUUCUGAUCAUUGUGAAAAUGCUGACCUGUUGUUUGGUAAUGCAUUUGAUGACGAUGAAGAUGAUGAUGGUUCUUUCUUUGGUCCCUUUUCACCUCUUUUCCCAGAUAUGAAGAACGGUUUCAAAGGUACAAAUAUUCAAUUAGGUACAAACUCUGGUAGUUUAUCAGAUUUUUUGAAUGAUAUACCAAGUUCUUGUGUUGAGAUUGCAUAUCAAAAAUUAUCAUCCGGUUUACUUACAGGUCAAUCUAAAGAUUAUUUAGCAUUUUCAGAUUAUACUAAUUCAUCACAAUUAACUCCAUGUGCUAUAAAUUAUAAUGAAUUUUCUCCAAGAUCAAAAGCUGCAUUCCAUAGAGUUAAAGCUAUUGAAGAGAUUAUUGAAACUGAGGAAAGUUAUAUUAGUUGUUUGAAAAUGCUUGCAAAUACUUAUUUAGAAUCUUUAAUACUAAAAGGUAAUGAUGGAAUUCCAAUUAGAUUAAUUCAUGGCUAUACUGAAGUUUUAAUCUCAAAUCAUCAAAAUUUUUUAUCAGAGUUAAAAUCAAUUUUCCAAUUACCUUAUAAACACCUACAGGAAUGUGAUAAAACAAUUCAUAAUGAUGAUAAUAAUGAAUUAAAAUCAAGAAUAAAUGAAUUAGUUACAUGUGAUUCUCCAUUAAUGGCUGCAUUGGUUUGCAAACAUAUUACAACAAGUUCAAUUUCAUUAUUUAUUUAUCAAGAAUUUAGUAGUCUUCAUGAUUUAGUUUUAAAAUUAAUAAAUUCAAAAGAUUCUGACCCUGAAUUUGGGUUAACUUUAACAAAAGGUUAUCAAAAUUUCCUUGAAUCAACUCAAAUUGGUAAUAAUAGAAUGGAUUUAUCAUUUCAAUCAUUAAUUCAAAAACCAAUAUCACGUAUUGCUAAAUAUAAACUUUUUUUAGAAAAUUUAUUAAAAUUAACUUCAAUUCAAGAAGAUCCAUUUUGUCAUUCAUCAAUUGAAGAUUCUUUACAUAAAAUUGAUGAACAAAUUAAACAAAUUAAUAGAUAUGGUUUACAAGAAAAAUUUAAAGCAAAUUUAUUAUUUGAAAGUUUAAUUUUCAAUAAUAAAACAUUAAAAUUCCCAGUUGAAUAUUUAGGUUUACCAAUUUUAUCAGGUUCAUUACAUUGUUCAUGGGUUGGUAAAAAUAGACAAAUUUAUUCACAAAUUUUAGGUGCAUUUCUUUUUAAAACUCAUUUAGUAUUGGCGUAUAUUCAAAAAGAAUAUAAGUUUGAAGUUAAAUUUUUAAUACCGUUAUCAGUUUGUAAAAAAAUUGAUAUUAAUUCAAAUGAUGAUGAUGAUGGUAAUAAUAAUAAUUCAAAUAUGGGUGGUAUCAUGACAAAUUAUAAAAAUUCAUUCAAAUUAAUAUUUGAAUAUAAUUAUACACUCAUUGAAGUCUUAUGCUCAACAAGUGAUGAAUUCGAAAAUAAGAUUUGGAAGGAUAAAUUAGAUAUAUUAAUUAAUCAUGUUAAUGGACCAUAUAAAUUUGAUUAUUCUUCAUCAAACUCAAAUGAUGAAAAUGGUACAUAUUGUUCAUCAAUUAUACCACCUUUUACACUGCCAUUAGAUGCUAAAAUAAAUAAAUUCAAAUCCAUAAGGUUAAAAAAUGAUAAAAAUAAUAUUUUUAAUCAUUGUUAUUUUUCAGAUGUUAUAAUGAUUAAUAUUGAAUUAAUUAAUGAUGAAGAAAAUUCCAUAAAAUAUCCAUAUACAUAUAGAUCAAACUCUAAUGAAAAUUCAAGUACAACUGGAAUGAUUAUUCAAUUUAAAGAAAUUGAAAAAGCAAGGGUUGAAUAUUUAUUACAAGAUCUUUGGAGUGAUGAAUUAAUUUCAAAUGGAUUAGUUAAACGUAAAAAAACAAUUAAAAAUAAGUCUAACUCAACAUCAAGAAGAUAUCAUCAAGGUUCAUUAAGAAGUUUGAGAUCAUUUGGAUCAAGAAAUUUACAAACUGAUGAUUCAAUAAAUAAUGAUGAUGAUAAUACUACAUCAAAUAAAGAUUCAAUUUCAAGAACUACUACAAGAACUACUACAUCAAGUAAAAUUUCAAUAAUUCGAAAAACAUCUAUUGUUUUCGGUAGUGCUUUUAAAUCAAUCAUAAAUAGUGAUCAUUAA